AUGAAUAAAAAACCCUUGAUUCUUGAGAAAGAGCAUAUGCAAACAAAUAUUUCAAAGGCUCUAUCUACCGAUCAAUUUUUACCAAAUUAUGCAAAUGUAGGUUCAUCUAAUCCUAGGAAAGUAAAAAGAGUUCGAGGGAGGAACAAGUGCAAAGAAGUUGCAUCACUUGAAGUUGGACAAAAGCUGAAAUUAACUUUUUACAAUAAUCGAACGGUUGGAACGAACAGCAAUCUGUUUUCGAGGCACUUGGGAAGAAUAGUUCGUGACCGUAAUAUAUGUCCAUUGGGAGUAUCAUCGUGGAAUGACAUUAAGCAAGAAAAGUUGAAUCACAUGUGGGCAGCUGUUGAGGAUAAGUUUGAGAGUGUGGACAUGAAUGAUCAUCGUGAUCAUAUCUUGGAAUGGAUGAAAGAGUUAUGGAACAAAAGGAGAGGACACUUGCAUGCAAACUAUGUGAAGAAUAAACCAAUCCAACAGGCUCUUAAGAAUAUUCCAAAGGGAGUAGACAAGAAAGAAUGGGAGUGGUUAGUAAAAGAACAUUUUACUUCGUAA